UCUUGGUGGAUCUUCAGAGGAUUGGUCAUGUUGCUGCCAGAGUGUCAGUUUCCCACUCAGCCUUUAGGGGGAGGGAUGAGGGAGUCUGAGCGAGUACAAAGGCAGUUUGAAAAUAGGUUCUGGGUGACUGAGUGGUGGUGGUUUGGGUCCAGCUUUAAACACUGGGCUUUGUAUAGCUGCAGUGGGCAUCCUAGUUACAUAGCAUCCAAGGACUGUUUCCACGAACUGAGGCAUUGUUUUGACUGGUGUGUGCUAUUAGAGCCUUUUGAAUGAUGAGAUGGAAGAUUCGUCUUUUACCUCACCUCUGCUAGUUCUUCCAGGAAAUAGAGGAAGAGUGUGAAUAAGUAAAUCUUUUAUUUUUUGUUUUGCUCCUCAUUUUGGUUUGGGGGUAGAAAAUGACAACUCUCUCCUUCCUGCUCCCUCCUUGCUGUGGUGGCUGGGAUGCUUCUCCCAUGAUACUUUGGAUCUAGCCUGGGCUGUUUUCUGUUAAACCAAUCAGUUGCGACCUUCUCUUAACAGUGUGCAGUGGGGGCCUCCUCCCUCCCCUCCCUCAGUGGGCCAGCUCCUCUUGCCCUGCCCUCACCUCCAUGGACGACUCGGAGGUGGAGUCGCCCGCCAGCAUCCUGGCCUCCGUGAAGGAGCAGGAGGCCCAGUUUGAGAAGCUGACCCGGGCGCUGGAGGAGGAGCGGCGCCAUGUCUCGGCGCAGCUGGAGCGCGUCCGCGUCUCCCCGCAGGACGCCAGCCCGCUCCUGGCCAACGGCACGCUCACCCGCCGGCACCAGAACGGCCGCUUUGUGGGCGAUGCUGACCUUGAGCGACAGAAAUUUUCAGAUCUAAACCUCAACGGACCCCAGGAUCACAGCCACCUUCUGUACAGCACAAUCCCCAGGAUGCAGGAGCCGGGGCAGAUUGUGGAGACCUACACGGAGGAGGACCCUGAGGGCGCCAUGUCUGUGGUCUCCGUGGAGACCUCGGAUGAUGGAACCACUCGGCGCACAGAGACCACAGUCAAGAAAGUGGUGAAGACCGUGACGACGCGGACGGUGCAGCCAGUCCCUAUGGGGCCCGACGGGCUGCCUGUAGAUGCCUCGUCGCUGUCGAACAGCUACAUCCAGACUCUGGGCCGUGACUUCCGCAAGAACGGCAACGGGGGCCCUGGUCCCUACGUGGGGCAGGCAGGCACGGCCACCCUCCCCAGGAACUUCCACUACCCGCCCGACGGAUACAGCCGCCACUAUGAGGACGGGUAUCCCGGGAGCGGCGACAACUACGGCAGCCUGUCGCGGGUGACCCGCAUCGAGGAGCGGUACAGGCCCAGCAUGGAAGGCUACCGGGCGCCCAGCCGGCAGGACGUCUACGGGCCGCAGCCCCAGGUCCGGGUGGGCGGGAGCAGCGUGGAUCUGCACCGCUUUCAUCCCGAGCCCUACGGGCUGGAGGACGACCAGCGGAGCAUGGGCUACGACGACGCGGACUACGGCAUGGCGGCUGACUACGGCGCGGGCCGGCGGGCGGGCACGCCCUCGGACCCGCGGCGGCGCCUCAGGAGCUAUGAAGACAUGAUUGGUGAGGAGGUGCCAUCAGACCAGUACUACUGGGCUCCUCUGGCCCAGCACGAACGGGGGAGCCUGGCAAGCUUGGACAGCCUGCGCAAGGGCGGACCCCCGCCCCCCAACUGGAGACAGCCGGAGCUGCCGGAGGUGAUUGCCAUGCUGGGCUACCGCCUGGACGCGGUCAAGUCCAACGCGGCCGCCUACCUGCAGCACUUGUGCUACCGCAACGACAAGGUGAAGACCGACGUCCGGAAGCUCAAGGGCAUCCCAGUGCUGGUGGGAUUGUUAGACCACCCCAAAAAGGAAGUGCACCUUGGAGCCUGUGGCGCUCUCAAGAAUAUCUCUUUUGGGCGUGACCAGGAUAACAAGAUCGCUAUAAAAAACUGUGACGGCGUUCCUGCUCUCGUGCGCCUGCUCCGGAAGGCUCGAGACAUGGACCUCACCGAAGUCAUUACUGGAACCCUGUGGAAUCUCUCAUCCCAUGACUCCAUAAAAAUGGAGAUUGUGGACCAUGCGCUGCACGCCUUGACGGAUGAAGUGAUCAUUCCGCAUUCAGGCUGGGAGCGGGAACCUGGCGAAGACUGUAAGCCACGCCACAUCGAGUGGGAGUCUGUGCUCACCAACACAGCUGGCUGCCUCAGGAAUGUCAGCUCGGAGAGGAGUGAAGCGCGCCGGAAACUUCGGGAGUGUGAUGGGUUGGUGGAUGCUCUCAUUUUCAUCGUCCAGGCUGAGAUUGGACAGAAAGAUUCGGAUAGCAAGCUUGUGGAGAACUGUGUUUGCCUCCUUCGGAACCUGUCGUAUCAAGUUCACCGGGAGAUCCCACAAGCAGAGCGUUACCAGGAGGCACCUCCCAACGUCGCCAACAAUACCGGGCCGCACGCUGCCAGCUGCUUUGGGGCCAAAAAAGGCAAAGAUGAGUGGUUCUCCAGAGGGAAAAAACCCACAGAGGAGCCAACAAAUGAUACAGUGGAUUUCCCUAAAAGAACUAGUCCUGCUCGAGGCUAUGAGCUGUUAUUCCAGCCGGAGGUGGUUCGGAUAUACAUAUCACUUCUCAAAGAGAGCAAGAAUCCCGCCAUCCUAGAAGCCUCAGCCGGGGCCAUCCAGAACUUGUGUGCUGGGCGCUGGACGUAUGGUCGAUACAUCCGCUCAGCUCUUCGUCAAGAGAAAGCUCUUUCUGCCAUUGCUGACCUCUUGACCAGUGAACACGAGAGGGUCGUGAGAGCUGCGUCUGGAGCCCUGAGAAACCUGGCUGUGGAUGCUCGCAACAGAGAGUUAAUCGGUAAACAUGCCAUUCCUAACUUGGUCAAGAAUCUGCCAGGAGGGCAGCAGAGCUCUUCCCAGAAUUUCUCUGAGGACACUGUGGUCUCUAUUCUGAACACCAUCAACGAAGUUAUCGCUGAGAACUUGGAGGCUGCCAAAAAGCUCCGGGAGACCCAGGGUAUUGAGAAGCUGGUUUUGAUCAACAAAUCAGGGAACCGUUCAGAAAAAGAAGUUCGAGCAGCCGCGCUUGUAUUGCAGACAAUCUGGGGAUAUAAGGAACUGCGGAAGCCACUGGAAAAAGAAGGAUGGAAGAAAUCAGACUUUCAGGUGAAUCUGAACAAUGCUUCUCGAAGCCAGAGCAGUCACUCCUAUGAUGACAGCACGCUCCCUCUCAUUGACCGGAGCCAGAAGUCAGAUAAGAAACCUGAUCGGGAAGAAAUUCAGAUGAGCAGUAUGGGAUCAAACACGAAAUCAUUAGAUAACAGCUAUUCCAUGCUGAAUGAGAGAGGGGACCACAGCAGAACACUGGAUCGAUCUGCAGAUCUGGGCGAGACGGAGCCGCUGAAGGGGGCGCCCCUGAUGCAGGACGAGGGGCAGGAACCUCUGGAGGAAGAGUUGGAUGUGUUGUUUGUGGAUGAUGAGGGGUACCCCAUGUCUCACCCCCCCAUGCAGAAGAUUUAGCACCACUCUAUCCGCUGCAUCUGGGCUUAUAAUAUAUGUACUUUUAUUUUUUGGUGGUGAAAUGGACUGAUGAUUUUCCCUUUCUUCGCUGGACUGUUGUGCCAACUGCCAGGCUGCCUCCUGCCCUGAUGGCCCUAAGUGGCUGCCUUCUUUCCAUCAACUCCUAACGUCUUCCAGUGAAGCUUAAUUAUCCCUCUUCCCUCCUCCAGACCCUUCCAGUCACUCCCAAGAAGCCUGACUCAGUUACAGACAUAUCUUGAGAAACUGCUGCAGAUUAGCUCUUUUUGCCAGCUCUCCCUGGAAAUCUUGGCCUUGUGUGGAGGGAGGGAGAAAGUGGGACUCUUCACUGGAAGCCUUGGGAAGAACCGGAAGUUACAUACUAUACAUGCCGUGUCCAGCAGUCUGAUAAACUGAUGAUUCUUAAUCAAGAUUUUUGUUUUCCUGGUGGGGAAGGGACCUUUUUUUAAAUUUUUUUUUUUUUUUGAGAAUGGAAAGUGUGAGCUCUUCUUUUAUUCCUAAUGACUAUUUUUGAAGCAAAGAAGGCCGGCAGCAUUGGCACAUCCCGCUUGGCAAGGGCCCUUGAGUAAGUGGAGGUUUCCUAGAGGGGAGAGUAGGACGCCUCGCCCUUCUCCUCUCCAGGGCGGGGCCAUCCAAGGACCUGCAGCCCCCAUCUCUUCCCCAAGCCCCCUGCCAACCCCGGCUGCCGCGGCUGCCCCUGCCGAGGCCGCCCUGAACCCUCCUCCCCCAGUCCGUGGUAAUGUCGGCUGACUCGGUCUGGCCCUUUGCAAGAGGCUGUAGAAAGAGGAGAAUGUGUCAAGGAAGACUUUUUUGGGUGUGAAGGAGCAGAAAGAUGUCUUCUGGGGAGGAGAAGAGCCUCUGGGAGGAGCUAGUAGGAAUGUACAUGAUUUAUUUAGUCUGAAACUGGCAGGAAGCUUCCCCGCUGGCUCCCCCCACCCUGCUUUCUCCUCGCCUCACCCCUGCAGCCCUGCCCUGCCCCCGCCUCCCCCCUGGACUGGCUGGCUGACUAAAGGACGUGAUGUACAUACUCCUGCCCCCUCUGCCCUGAAAAGGUGGGGUUCGCCCCUGGCUCUGCCUCCUCUUUGUGCCUUUGGCCUGGGGUGCAUCUCCUCCUUCCCUUCCAUGUGCCUUUCUUUGCCUCUGCAGUCUCAUUUCUCAUGAUUUUGCAAAUUAUACUUUGUUGCUUUCUGACCUACUGUUGGCCCCAAAUAGCAGAAAGAGGAGAGGGGACCUAGAGACCCUCCAUCUCUCCACUGGGAAUUGGAACAGCCUCUGAUUUUAGCCAUAGAAGGUUUUUGCUCAACUGUAUAUGUUGGGGUUUUGCAAAAGUCCUGUUCUGAUGAGUCUCCAGAUGAGGUUGGUUGCCCAGGAUCACCUUCAUCUCUGAAGGGGUUACAGGGAAGGCGUGUCCAUCCCCGCCUCCCGCCCUGGCCCCGCCCCGCUCCUUCCCUCAUCCAGUUAGUGUAUAUUUGCAGGUUGUGCUAGAGGAAUCAGCUGCUAUGUGGUUGAUUUUUUUUUUUUUUAAACCCUGUCCCUUAUUUACUUUUUACUCCUUCCCUCAAUCUAAAAGCUGUUCAAAUGCAACUGGAAAUCUUUAUUCUCCUCCCUCCCCCUUCCCUAUAUUGAGGCUUUGGGGUAGGAGAAAAGUGCACAACCCACCACCCUCCUCCCCCCUUUCCCUAAGCAUUACAGUUCCUUAUUUACCCCUUUGCCUCCUCACACUGCUUGCCACUCCUUUUCUGGCAAAAAGGAGCCUCUUCCCUCUGGCUCAGUGGACUGCACAGGGGGGGCCGCCCCGCCCAGGCCCGGCUCGCUCCUGGUUUCUCUCAUCUUCUGCCCCUUCCCUGGUGCUCCUCUUGUCGGCGGGGUGGGUGACAGCAGCCAUGGGCUCUGGGGGCCUUUAGCUGUUUUCCCUUUCAUUUAUAAAAACACUAAACAUUCAGUUUCAGAGAACCAAAAAUCCCACCUUCCCACCGAACACUACUAAGGGGCUGUCUUCUGCUCCAUUCCUUUUCUGUUUUUCUUUCUCUCUUGUUAAUGCUUUUAAAAACAAAUGAGUUUUUUAUAUAAAUAAAGUUUUUAAAGUGUGUAUGUGGGGGGUCUGUGUCAUUUCUUCACUUUAAGCUGUGUCUCUUCUCUCCUGUUCAUCUUGAUUACUUCAUUAUAUGUCAGUGUCCUUUUUCUCUCCAGAGCACCCAGAAGGGGAUUGUACCAGGAUGGAUUUAUUUUGAGCCCAAUCCCAGCUCUUAACAAGGAACAUUCUUUUAAUUAUAUAUGAAACACUUUUCCUCUGAAGAAUCUUAAAAAUUAAAUGUAGAGUAUGGGAAGCUUAUUGCUUAACUUACAGAUCGGAAACUGAAGUAUAAAGAAUUAAUACAUUUCUUAGUCACUGGAAUUCUUUUGUGACAUCUGACAAAACUAAUGUUGAAUAAAGCUCUGCAAUACA